AUGUCCUCUUUGACUAGACUGAACGUAUUACUUUCAAGUUCAACUUUAAGUUCGUUUCCUCUCAAAAAUAUAAAAGUGCAUACCAUCGAUGAUGAAGAGUAUGUUUCACUCUUGACAUCUUGCCAACAUUCUUUGGAAAAUUUAGAAUCAGACUUUGAGAAUAAGAAAGAGGACACCACAAGUGUUCGUAGAGGUAGAUACAGAGCAACGGUACAACUAUCACCACCUCCUCAUAAUUUUGAUUAUUUUAUUCAUCCAAGAUCACUGCAUCACGCCUUU